UUUCUUUCUCGUUCCACUACCGAAAUCCCCUUGUUAUCCGGCUGCUUGAUCACACAUUAAUGUCCGCGCCUACCCCCAGACAUGCCCAUCUCCAUAUAAAAUGCUGUGCGCUAUACCUGGUUGCCUGUUCCCUUGUUCACCACCGAAAUCUCCUUCCUAUCCGGAUGCUUGACUCCAUCACCGCCCGUCGUUAGUAUAUCAAACCCUUCUUUCACAUCUUAUCCUCUAUCGACUCGAUGUCCUCCAUUAAAGCAAUCCACGACAAGCAGCUGGUACCUUCACAGGUCGCAACCUCCGUCUUCAGGGCAUGGAAACACUUCCAACAGAUGAUCGUGAUCCAGCGUCGCAGAAAAGCAAGCCACUUCUUCCGCACUCGAUUCCUCUUCACACGAUCGGACCGGAAGCCGAUGUUCCCUGUAGUAAUUUCGUUACAGAGGCUGGUGCUUACUCGGCUUUUACACUCGACAUUUAUGGUUGCCACCGGAUUUAUAUCGUUAUUUGAGCGAUAUCUGACACUAUUGCUUUGGAUCUGGGCCAUGAUCACGUCCCCCUGUUCACUGUUCUUGAGAAUCCCCGGAUAUAUUUACCGUGGAAUGAGGUUCAGCGGACAUCCCCUCCUAAAGGACCUGUGCAAUGAUAUGACUUACGGUGGAUUCGAGCUAAUGACGCUUGCUUCACUACACCUCCGAUUUGAUGACAUAGCAAUUCAGGCACUUAGCCUCAGCUGCGCACUUGAACUGAUAUUCACCACCACCCAUGCACAAUACUUCCCGAAUGCGAAGGAGACUGUCAAGCGGGUAUGAAGUCUGCCAAAAUCCGCGCCCCAAAGACGCUCGAGUUUACAUCACCAUAAGCCUUGUCGCCUGGUCAAUGGUUCCGGAACCUUGGUUUGGCUUGCAGCGGGAUGCAUGGCGGAUCUAUGCAAAACCGACCAAAGCACGUAUCGAACAUAUCGUAUUUUAUCCAUUAAUUUCAGACGUCGCCACAGUCAUUUAUCGAUUCGGAAUUAGGCUACCAACAAUUACUUAAUGGUCUCAACAUUCUCUCCUUGUAAUUUAUUCGGACAAUCAUCCAAAGCAUCAGUCAUCGUGUACCCACGGAGCCAUAUAUUUGUCUGCACAAGUCGGACUUUACAUCGUUUUGUAAUAGUACUAUUCGCGAAC